AUAUUCCCCACACUCGAUCCUUUAACUUAACUCAGUGAAUCCUCUCUUCUCAUUUCCUAGGAAUCCCCUAAGCCACCGCAGCAUCGGUUCCUCCACCCACCGCGAUGGCGCACGUGCCGGCGAGCGAAGCGACGGCGUUCUGGACGGACGAGAAGCACGUGCACUUCCUAAACUCCAUGGAAGCCUCCUUCGUCCGCACAAUGCUCCAAAACGAAGGCAACUCAAACUCCUCCACCACGCGCUACUCUCUGCGCCUCGACCGUUAUCUCCCCGACACAUCCGAAUCCACCUUGGAUUUGAAACCAAACUCUCGCUGCCACCGCACCGUAAAGCACCAUGCACCCUCAGAUUCAAUGGGUCCAACAACCAGAAGAACAAGGAUCAGGACGAGAUCAUCUCAGCCCUGCAAUUCGUCAGAGGACCAGGUGGUCCCACAAGUAGAAAGAGAAGGUGCAGCAGCAGCAUGCAAUAGUGACGAUCAUAAAAGAGCAGAAAAUUAAUGUUUAGUGUACCUUUUCCACCAACCUCCCUACCCCUCUUUCAUUUUUAUUCUGGUCGUUUGUUUAAUUUUUACCAUUUAUUUAUUUCACCUCUGUAUUUUUUUUUUCUUUCCUA